AUGGCCUUAACGAUCCUGAGAACCGGCUCUCAUCAUGGAGUGGCAGCAACUGUUGUCAGUGACUGGGAAUCGGCUGUGACCACAAAACAGCGGCCGUUACCAUCAUUGAUCUUCGGAAUCCAUAUCCAGUUGCUUCUGAUUCUAAUACCAGCGGGGUUUAGUGGCAAAAUUCCUCCAAGUUUGGGAAACCUAUCUAGUUUGCAAUAUCUUGAUCUUUCUUCUGAAUUCCCUCCUUUGAUGGUUGAUAACAUUCAAUGGAUGACUGGCCUUCUCUCUUUGAAAAAUCUUGCGAUGGACGAUGUGGACCUUUCAUUAGUGGGAUCAAGCAGGCUAGAAGUACUGAACUCGCUUCCUUAUUUAACUGAGCUGCAUCUUCCAGGCUGUGGCUUAACUGGUUCUAUUUCGUCUCUUGGCUUUGUUAAUUUCACCUCACUUGCUGUGCUGGACCUUGUGUUUAACAACUUUAACUCGAAGUUCCCUGAUUGGCUUGUGAAUAUCAGCAGCCUUGUGUACAUUGAUUUAAGCCUCAAUGUCCUAAGAGGAAGGAUUCCACUUGGUCUUAGCGAGCUUCCAAGUCUGCAAUAUUUGUACCUUAUUGGGACUGAUAAUCUCAGCGCCAGUUGCCCUCAGUUGUUCAGGGGAAGCUGGAGGAAAAUAGAGGUCAUCAAUUUUGCUUUUAACAGAAUACAUGGUAAACUUCCUGCUUCCAUUGGAAACAUGACAUUCCUCACUGACUUUGAUCUUUUUUCAAACAGCGUCGAGGGUGAAAUACCUGGCUCCAUUGGUAGGCUAUGCAAUGAAUUUUGA